CUGGCAAGGCCAAGGUGUCCUGUUCUGCAAGGCUGGUCAGUUCAGGAAGUAGACAUGUCAGGCACCUACUGUGGCCCAGGCAUUUUCCCCAAAGAGAGGCAGCUUACCUCCUCCUCCCUCCCUCCCAUUAUUCACUGUGCAAGGCGUCCUGCGCCCAUUGGCUGGGCAGUGGGUGUCUGCGGCCCUUCAGCCCAGCGCCAGCACCCAGAUCCACGUGCGCCCGUGUGUGUGACACAGCCCCGACCUCAGUGGGGGCCAGUAGCCAAUCAGGCGCCGGAACGAGAGGCCCAGCCAAUCGGGGGCGGGGCCUGUGGCUCCGCCGGCUGGAGGCCAAUGAAGGGCAGUGCCUGGCAUUAUGCAACCCGCCUCCUGGCCCCGCGGAGCUUCCACUCGGCUGCGGGCUGCAACGGCGGCGGGCAGGCGGCCGGAGGGCGCUCGCGCGGCCAGGUACUGGCUGUGAUCAAACUUCUCAAUCUUCAGUGGCUUGGGUCUCCCACCAAACUCCCCCAGCCACGCGUCCCGGCCCCCUUGUGCAUCUGUGGUGGCCUCUCCACCUUCCCUGUUCUCCUCCUGCCCUCCCCAUGGCCCAGACAUGAGCGGCCCCCUAGAAGGGGCUCAUGGGGGAGGGGACCCCAGGCCAGGGGAAUCUUUUUGUCCUGGAGGGGUCCCAUCCCCUGGGCCUCCACAGCACCGGCCUUGCCCUGGCCCGAGCCUGGCUGAUGACACGGAUGCCAACAGCAAUGGCUCGAGCGGCAAUGAGUCCAACGGGCCCGAGUCUAGGGGUGCAUCUCAGCGGAGCUCACAUAGCUCCUCCUCCGGCAAUGGCAAGGACUCGGCCCUGCUGGAGACCACUGAGAGCAGCAAGAGCACAAACUCGCAGAGCCCAUCCCCACCCAGCAGUUCCAUUGCCUACAGCCUCCUGAGUGCCAGCUCGGAGCAGGACAACCCGUCUACCAGUGGCUGCAGCAGUGAACAGUCAGCCCGGGCAAGGACCCAGAAGGAACUCAUGAUGGCACUGCGGGAGCUCAAGCUUCGGCUGCCACCAGAGCGCCGGGGCAAGGGCCGCUCUGGGACUCUGGCCACACUACAGUAUGCACUGGCUUGUGUCAAGCAGGUGCAGGCCAACCAGGAAUACUACCAGCAGUGGAGCCUGGAGGAGGGUGAGCCUUGUGCCAUGGACAUGUCCACCUACACUCUGGAGGAGCUGGAGCACAUUACGUCUGAGUACACGCUUCGCAACCAGGAUACCUUCUCCGUGGCUGUCUCUUUCCUGACAGGCCGCAUCGUCUACAUUUCGGAGCAGGCAGGUAUCCUGCUGCACUGCAAGCGGGAUGUGUUCCGAGGUGCCCGCUUCUCGGAGCUCCUGGCUCCCCAGGAUGUGGGCGUCUUCUAUGGUUCCACUGCCCCAUCUCGCCUGCCCACCUGGGGCACUGGGGCCUUGGCAGGUUCAGGCCUCAAGGACUUCGCCCAGGAAAAGUCCGUUUUCUGCCGUAUCAGAGGAGGUCCUGACUGGGAUCCAGGGCCUCGGUACCAGCCAUUCCGCCUAACCCCAUAUGUGACCAAGAUCCGGGUCUCAGAUGGGGCCCCCGCGCAGCCAUGCUGCCUCCUCAUCGCAGAGCGCAUCCACUCGGGUUAUGAAGCUCCCCGGAUCCCCCCCGACAAGAGGAUCUUCACCACACGGCACACGCCCAGUUGCCUCUUCCAGGAUGUGGACGAAAGGGCCGCCCCACUGCUGGGCUACCUGCCCCAGGACCUCCUGGGGGCCCCAGUGCUCCUGUUCCUGCAUCCCGAGGACCGACCCCUCAUGCUGGCCAUCCACAAGAAGAUUCUGCAGCUGGCUGGCCAGCCCUUUGACCACUCCCCUAUCCGCUUCUGCGCCCGUAAUGGGGAGUAUGUCACCAUGGACACCAGCUGGGCCGGCUUUGUGCACCCCUGGAGCCGCAAGGUGGCCUUUGUGUUGGGCCGUCACAAAGUACGCACGGCACCCCUGAAUGAGGAUGUGUUCACUCCCCCGGCCCCCAGCCCAGCCUUGUCCCUGGACUCUGAUAUCCAGGAGCUCUCUGAGCAGAUCCACCGGCUGCUGUUACAGCCUGUGCACAGCCCCAGCCCCACGGGGCUUUGCGGAGUCGGUCCUGUGACUUCCCCAGGCCCUCUCCUCAGCCCUGGCUCCUCCAGUGAUAGCAACGGGGGUGAUGCCGAGGGUCCUGGGCCUCCUGCCCCGGUGACCUUCCAGCAGAUCUGUAAGGAUGUGCAUCUGGUGAAGCAUCAGGGGCAGCAGCUUUUUAUUGAGUCUCGGGCCCGGCCUCCGGCCCGGCCCUGCCUCCCUGCUGCAGGCACAUUCAAGGCCAAGACCCUUCCAAGCCAGUUCCCAGACCCAGACCUGGAGGCGGCCCCUGCUCUAAUCCAGGCCCCACUAGCCUUAGCCCCUCAGGAGGCUGAGAGGAAAGAAGCCUCCAGUUGCUCCUACCAGCAGAUCAACUGCCUGGACAGCAUCCUCAGGUACCUGGAGAGCUGCAACAUCCCCAGCACGACCAAGCGUAAAUGUGCCUCUUCCUCCUCCUGCACCACGUCCUCGGCCUCUGACGACGACAAGCAGAGGACAGGUCCAGUCCCUGUGGGGGCCAAGAAAGAUCCAUCAGCAGUGCUGUCUGGGGAGGGGGCCACCCUGCGGAAGGAGCCAGUGGUGGGAGGCACCCUGAGCCCACUUGCCCUGGCCAAUAAGGCGGAGAGCGUAGUGUCCGUCACCAGUCAGUGUAGCUUCAGCUCCACCAUCGUCCAUGUAGGAGACAAGAAGCCCCCGGAGUCGGACAUCAUCAUGUUGGAGGACCUUCCUGGUCUGGCUUCAGGCCCAGCCCUGAGCCCUAUAGUAGCCCCUGACCCAGCCCCAGAUGCCUACCGCCCGGUGGGCCUGACUAAGGCCGUGCUGUCCCUGCACACACAGAAGGAGGAGCAGGCCUUCCUCAGCCGCUUCCGUGACCUCGGCAAGCUGCGUGGACUCGACAGCUCCUUGGCCCCCUUGGCCCCUGGCGAGCGAGGCUGCCACCAUGGCCCCACACCCCCCGGCCGCCGUCACCACUGUCGAUCCAAAGCCAAGCGCUCCCGCCACCACCAGACCCCCCGGGCUGAAGCCCCCUGCUAUGUCUCCCACCCCUCGCCUGUGCCGCCCUCUGCCACCUGGCCCCCACCACCAGUCCCUACUCCCUUCCCGGCUGUGGUCCAGCCCUACCCCCUCCCAGUGUUCUCCCCUCAAGGAAGCUCCCAGCCUCUUCCCCCUGCCCCUACAUCUGUGCCUCCUGCAGCUUUCCCUGCCCCCCUGGUGACCCCAAUGGUGGCCUUGGUGCUCCCUAACUAUUUGUUCCCUACCCCAUCCAGCUAUCCCUAUGGGGUACCCCAGACCCCUGCCGAGGGGCCUCCUACCCCUGCCUCCCACUCCCCUUCUCCAUCCCUCCCCCCUCUGCCCCCCAGCCCUCCCCACCACCCGGACUCUCCACUGUUCAACUCAAGAUGCAGCUCCCCACUCCAGCUAAAUCUGCUGCAGCUUGAGGAGUCCCUGCGUGUUGAGGGGGGUGCUGUUGCAGGGGGCCCUGGGAGCAGUGCUGGGCCCCCGCCUCCCAGUGAGGAGGCCGCUGAACCAGAGGCCAGACUGGUGGAGGUAACCGAGUCCUCCAAUCAGGACGCACUUUCCGGCUCCAGUGACCUGCUGGAGUUGCUGCUGCAAGAGGACUCUCGCUCUGGCACAGGCUCUGCCGCCUCUGGCUCCGGCUCCUUGGGCUCUGGCUUGGGCUCUGGGUCUGGUUCAGGCUCCCAGGAGGAGGGCAGCACCUCAGCCAGCAUCACGCGCAGCAGUCAGAGCAGCCACACAAGCAAGUACUUCGGCAGCAUCGACUCUUCCGAGGCUGAGGCUGGGGCUGCCCAGGCCAGGGCUGAGCCUGGGGACCAGGUCAUUAAGUACGUGCUCCAGGAUCCCAUCUGGCUGCUCAUGGCCAACGCUGACCAGCGUGUCAUGAUGACUUACCAGGUGCCCUCCAGGGACAUGGCCUCUGUGCUGAAGCAGGACCGGGAGCUGCUCCGGGUCAUGCAGAAACAGCAGCCACGGUUCUCGGAGGAUCAGCGGAGGGAACUGGGUGCUGUGCACUCCUGGGUCCGGAAGGGCCAGCUGCCUCGGGCCCUUGAUGUGAUGGCCUGUGUGGACUGCGGAAGUAGCACCCAGGAUCCUGGCCACCCUGAUGACCCACUCUUCUCGGAACUGGAUGGACUGGGGCUGGAGCCCAUGGAGGAGGGUGGAGGCGAGGGUGGUGGCGGUGGUGGUGAGGGUGAGGGCGGAGAUGAGGCUGGAGCCCAGGCUGGGGCCAGGGUCUCAAGCUUUCAGGACCUGGCCAUGGAGGAGGAGGAACAAGGUGGGAGCUCGUCCAGUCUAGCCUUACCUGCCACAGAAAAUGGCACCAGCUAGACUACGUUUUGGGGCCACCUCUGGGAGUGCGUGAGAAGCUUCCUUCUCCCAUGUCCCAACUCUCAGAACUCAGAUGUGGCUGGACCAACCAAUAGGAAACUGCCCCAGCUUCUACCGCUACAGGGGGCUGGACCCCCAUCACCAGCCCAGGAUCCAGGGGCUGCCUCUGGCCUUUUAGGGAACAGAGGGUGGAACUCUUCAGCCCAGCCUAGAGAAGCCUCACCUCCCAUGCCUGGUGAGGAGUCCUUCCUUCCCCUGGACAAGGUUGCUGACAAGCUGCUGAAGUGGUCUCCCAGCUGAGCCUCAGUCCUGGUCCCCGAGGGUUGGGGCUGCAAUUAUUUAUUGGAGGGGACAGCCCUGUCUCCCACCUCCUCUCCAGAUGGGAGGAGGAGGGCCUGAGGCCUAAGCAGGACCCAGCGGUCCGAACCCCUAGCUGCUCCAGGGUAGGGGAGGUUGGUGGACCAUGGAGUCCCUGGUGCUGCCCCUCAGGUGGGACCCAGGCCUUCUCAGCUGUACCCUCUACCGAUGGCAUUUGUGUUUUUGAUAUUGUGUCUGUUGUUAUUUUUUAAUACAAA